AUGCCAGGGGUGACGGUGACCGGUGAGGCGCCCACACUCAACGGGGGCAGAGAGGAGGUAACGACGCGAGAUAUUGGCCUCUACAUGCCACUGUCCCCAGAGGGUGCGGCUGUGGAGUGGGGCAGCACGUGUCCCCCCACGCGGCCCGCAUGUGAGCCGCGGCUGGCCCAGACCCGCCAUGACAUCUGGCAGCGGCCCCUGAAGCAGUCCCUGGGCGGCUCCCUGUGCCGUGAGUCCCACUGGAAGUGCCUGCUGCUGACUCUGCUGAUGAUUGGCUGCUUCUGCACGCUGGGCUGGUGCUCGCUCUACCGUGUCACCGUGCUGGCGGCCGACGACCACACAGGCCAGGCCUACCACUACGGCGACCCGGCCCGCUUCUACCACGACAGCCCGUGCUCCAACGGCUACGUGUACAUCCCGCUGGCCUUCCUGGCCAUGCUCUACCUGGUCUACCUGGUGGAGUGCUGGCACUGCUACUCCAAGACGGCCGACCUGCCGCAGGCCGAGACCGCCGCCGUCUACGAGCGCGUUCAGAGGCUGCAGCAAGCCACGCCCUGCAUCUGGUGGAAGGCCAUCAGCUACCACUACGUCAGGAGGACCAGGCAGGUGACGCGCUACCGCAACGGGGACGCCUACACUACGACACAGGUGUACCACGAGCGCGUCAACACGCACGCGUCCAGCUGCGAGUUCGACUACUCGCGUCACGGCGUGAAGGACGUGUCCAAGCAGCUGCAAGGGCUCCUGGACCACCCGGCGGUGCGCUUGCGCUUCACCAAGUGCUUUAGCUUCGCCAGCGCACGUGCCGAGAGCGCCUACCUGACGCAGCGCGCCCGCUUCUUCAGCGACAACGAGGGCCUGGACGACUACAUGGAGGCGCGCGAGGGCAUGCACCUGAAGAACGUGGACUUCCGCGAGCACAUGCUGGCGUUCCCCGAGCCGGCGCGCCAGCCCUGGUUCUCACGCCGCGGCGUCUUCUGGCUGGCGUCGGCGCUGCUCUUCUCCUGGCCGCUGCGGGUGGUGUCAGAGUACCGCACGGCGUAUGUGCACUACCACGUGGAGAAGCUGUUCGGCGAGAACGAGGAUGCGGACAGCGACGGCGAGCAUGGCGGCUACCUGCAUCCGGGGCUGGAGAACGGCGGCCGCAGUCGCGGUGGCCCCACGCUGCGCGUCAUCUCGCGCGUCAACACGGUGGACAUCACAGAGCUUGAGUGGCACAUCCGCUGCAACCAGCAAAUGGUGCCCAGCUACUCGGAGGCGCUGCUCAUGGACCUCUUGAACACGGGCAGUGCCAACGCAAGUGCCAGCGUCAGUGCCCACGGGACCCUGCAGCGCCAGCGCCACCACCAGCAGCAGCACCGGCGCCACUCCAGCUACCUGCUGCAGAGCUGCCCGCGCUGCCACCGUUCCAGCAGCAGCUCCUCCUUGCCCUCCCGCGUGCGUGGCAACGUGGCCAUGGGUGCCGGCUCGCUGCCCUGCGGGGUGAGCGCGGUGGUGGCGGCCGGGGGCAUGGGGGCUCGCCUGGGCAUGAGCCGCAGCGGCUUCUCCCUGGGGCGCUUACACGCGGUGCGUCACCGGCGGCCAUGUUUGUUUCACUCCCGCAGCCUGGGGUGCGGCAUGGGGGGCCGGUGCAGCGAGGGCGGGGGAGGUGGUGGAGGAGGAGGAGGUCUGGUAGCAGGUGUAGGGGGAGGGGUGGCGGGAGGACUGCUAGCGCUGGCGUUCCGCGUGGCAGAUGAGGAGAGGAGAGCCGUGCUGGAGGGAGAUGGGAUGGAGGAUGAGGAGGAUGAGGAAGUGGUGCAGGAGGAGGAGGAGAGGCAGGAAAGGAGGAGAGGAGAAGGGGAGGAGGGAGGAGAUGUGGACGUGGAGAGGGGAGGAGGUGUGGGGGAGGCCAGGGAUGGGGAUAGGGAGGGGCCGCCCACCUAUGAGGAUGCCAUGCGCUUUCCCGUGCUCAUUGUCCACGGCGAAGAGAGUUGCCACGGCGACAGGGACAUUGACGCAGGGUAA